AUCACCCUGCCAUCAUCAUCAAAAUUUCAGCAAAAACACUGAAAAUGUUAGAUGGGUAAAUUUUGAAGCAGCCCAUUGCCUAGUACACCAAUGGGUGUGUAGGGCAGGCCUACGUAGAUACAAAAGUGGAUUAUUAAGUGACGCACUGCAGUGUCAAAGACGAAUAUUAUACAAAAAUUGUUUUCAUCACCAGAGAAACAUAUCCGUUUACAAUGGGAGGUGGCCGGUAUGUAGGCUAUUCAAAUUAAUUCAAAUAAGUUUUGUUUUGGGCAGAAGUGAAAGUAAAAGUGCUUUAUCUCUAAGACCUUUCUGUACUUUGGACCAACAGGUGUAAUAGCUAGUAGGUAAUUUUGUUAUUAUUAUUUCUUGUUGAUUUCUGGGUCCAAGAAAAGAGCUAAAUGGAUCCUAAACCAUCCAAAACACUCAAAAACAACAGGAUAUAUCGAUAUGAUGUAGCGCAAAAUCAUCAUAGAGGAAACAGACACCAAAGUUUUUCGCAUCGACGCAAUUAUUCACCACCUCCAUACAAACGUGUGCGUAGACGACAGACGUUUUCAGAAGGUGAGAGAAGGGGAUCUGGUGGAUGCAUUUAUUCCCGACCUCUGCGAUCAGCAGAAUCACAAGAUCACCAAGAAUCACCAACAAACAGAGAUGAUGACUCAAAUUUCAAGACACUUUUGUUGAAUAUGAUCAUAAAGAACCUACAUCCAUUAAAAACUGUAACAGAAUUCCAGGAUCUUGCAAGCAGUCUACACCCAUCUUUAAAUAUAAAUGAGUCCUCGAUCCAAACUGAACUUCAGAGCAUUUAUAGGCAAAAACGACUGGAAAUACAGAACGCUAUCAAUGCUGGGAGUAAUCUUGUCCUCUCUGCAGAGCUGUGGACUUCAGAUAAGACAGUGUUUUAUCUGACAGUAUCUUGCCAUCUUAUAAACAAAAACUGGAUGCAGAAAUCCUAUGUCCUAGAUACAGCUCACCUCCUCGUUGAGCGUACAACAGAACAUGUUGUAAAGCAACUGAUGAGAAUUUCAAAUGAGUGGAACAUCACAGAAAAAAUUCAAGUUGUGGUCACAAAUAUUGAUGACAUGAAAAAGGUUGACAAAAGUAUAUGCCAAUGGACAUUUAUACCUUGUUUUGCCCGUACGCUGGAUAAAGUGUUCAGAGAAACCAUAGGUGACUCUGGCUGGAAACAUCUGUUGGGAAAAUGUCAGCAAAUAGUUUCAUUUUUCCACCAGAACCCCAAAGCUUCAGAAAGCCUCCAGAAGCAUCGCUCUCACCUCAAGCUCCAAAAAAAUGAUCUGAUUCAGAGCAGUGAUCUACGGUGGCUUCCUACACUUCACAUGCUACAGAACAUCUUAGAGCUGUGGCCCGCCAUUUUUAAAGUUUUUAUUGACACUCUAGAGGAGAAACUUUGCUUAAAUGAGAAUGAAAGAAAAAUAUUGAAAGAUAUUUUAGCAGUACUGAAGAUUCUGAAGAAGGUUACUGAAGAAAUGGGAAGUCAAGGGUACAGCCCCAUCUCAAUGAUCAUACCGCUGGUCCAGAGACUGCAGGAGGAACUGAGAAAACUGGAGAUGGAAAAUGAAAUAGCCAAGACACUUUCUGCGAAAUGUGACCAUCAUAUUGGCAACAUAAAGCAAAAUCAUUGGUUCAGAGUUAGCACAGCACUGGACCCACGAUACAAAACCUGUGUGAUGGAUUCUAAUAUUGGUGUCAAAGCAGAAAUCCAAUCACUGAUCAAGGGAAACAGGCACACUACGCACAGCAGUUAUGACACAAGACGUGAAGAGAUGAUUCUGGAAAAAUACUGGACAUUUAAAAGAAAUUCAGAGGAUCCACUUGAUUUCUGGAGGAGCAGAGUUGAGUUUAAACAACUGGCGACAGUCGCCCGCAAAUACCUCACAGUGGUCUCCACUGCAAUCCCAAUUGAAUGUGUGCAUCAGCUAGAAAAAUCACAGGCCAUCAACAGGAGAAAUUGCUUGGACCCCAGAAAUCUCAGUAUGAUCCUGUUUUUAAAAAACAACUAACCAUAACAUUUUAUAUAGUGUGUAUACAUUAUGAUGGGGUGUUUUAACACAUUUCUGAAUCAAAUAUGGACAAACCCACCACUGGGUUAAAAUAGUGGUUUGUCCAUUUUCUUAAGCCACGGGUAUAUUUAUUUAAUAUGUUUAAUUUAACAUACAUUAUAUCUUUAAGAUUAUAUAUAUAUAUAUAUAUAAAACAUGAGUGAAGAAAAUUAAUGAAGAGUUCAAAUUCAACCAUUAAAACUCAUUUUACUAUGAAGGACAGCAAGUAAAUAACUGUAGCCGACUUGUAUAGCAUGUUAUAAAGUAAGUACUUAAAAAGUAGAGCUAUUUUUUUUUGCCUUUCUUGUAAAACAGUAACUUCGAAAAUAAAUGGAUUACAGUAAUUAUAUUUUAGCAUUAGAAAUACUACUGUGAUUAGAGCUUACACGUAUUGCUAGACUAUUAUAUUGAGUGGUGGUCUGUAUAAAGUCUGAUAUUUAAUGUGUUCUCAGUUUGUCAUACCUCAGAAAGACAGAUUUUAAUGAUAAAAACGGCAAGUAAAUUAAACAAGUUAUCAAAAUAGGCAGGAUUCUCUGCUCUCAAACGUUAUGGGGCGUGUCCGCUGUUGAAGCUGAAACCACGCCCACUCGCUGGAGAGCUUCCGCCUCUCAACUCUCAAACACCGCUACAACCCGAAUGGAUGCUCGUGGUUGUGGCAAAAGCAAAUAUGAUGAUUGUGAUAUUUUUGUUUGUUUGUGUCAUAAUACAAUUUUAAGUUCACUUAGAUUUUUUUCUCUCUGUGUAAGUUAUGCUCACUGUAUUGUAUGAGUUUCUAUGUCUUGCUGUUGUUUUAUGGUGUAUGCAAAUGAAAUGAUUUUUUUAUCGGAUUGUCUGUUCUUUCAUUUGGUAUAUUUUAUGUUCAUUUAAAUACGAAUUUUUUUCUGGAAGACAUUAAACUUAAGCUGGGUGGAAAUUAAAUGAAAAAACUCUUUUUGAUCCACACUUCAACAGUUGCACGAUAUAAAUGUUAAUGUAUAAAUUAGAUGAAUGUUGAUUUAUGAAAAUAAACACCACAGUCUUUAUUUUUCAUUGUGUCUUUGCUGCGUCUGUGU